AUGCAAAAUUCUCGUAAAGUAACGCAUUUAAUAAAUUUUUGUGUGAAUAAUAAUUUAGAUUUUUUAAUAUUUGAUCAUUAUGCUCAUGGAUUAUCUUCAGGUUCAUUCACAGAUGUUUUUAAUGUUACAAUUGGUAGAAUGUAUAAUGAUCUUUGUAAUAUAAUGAAACAUGAAACUACAAAUUCACAAAUUUUAGUUGGGUCAAGUAUGGGAUUUUGGUUAUCUUUAUUAGUCGCUUUAAAAGGGGAAGAACAGUUAAAGAAUAGAAUAACUGGAAUCAUUGGGAUUGCUCCUGCUAUUAAUUUUACUGAAAAUAUAUUAAAAGAAGCUAAAGAAAAAGGAUUAUUCUUGGAUGAAUCUAAUACAUCACCUGAUAGUUUUUAUCAUAGACAAUCUAAAUAUUCACCCACAGGAACUUAUCCAAUUUCAUUUCAUUUUCUUCAAGAAGCUCGAAAUCAUUUAUUAGAUCUUAAAAAUAUCAGAAAUAAAAUAAAGUUCCCAAUUGUACUUUUACAUGGUAAACUUGAUCCAGAUAUAUCUUACGAGGAAACUUUAAAAUUAGCUAGCGCAUUAAAAAGUGAUUUUGUUGAUAAUGUAAAAACAAUAUUAAUUCACAACGGAGACCAUCGCUUAUCAAAAGAACAAGAUUUAAAGAUAUUAGAUAAAGAAAUUAUACAAAUGAUUGGCAGAUUUAAUAAGUAA